GAGUCUCGUUGUGGCGUAGCGCUGACUUGACUUUUGAGAACCGAGUGUUGUCAGGAGCUACAGCGGCGGGCGACGUUUAACUUCGAACCGAUCACGCUGCUCCCCGUCCCUCCGAGGAAAAUGCUCUCUCUGUGACCGGCGUCGUUGACGGGGGAAGCUGAAGCGGAGUGUGAUCCUCGAGAAAGCGCAGGCUCCGCCGAUGUGUCGCUGGCGGUUGUGGGUGUUGGCGGCGCUGAUGCCGCUGGCGGCCGCGAUGCUUCCCAGGGCCGCCCGAAGCCCCGGCCCCGACUCCGACUCGUCUGCCUCCUUCAACCAGAGCGCCUCGUCCGUGCCCCUUAAUAACGGCACCGCCAGUACGGGCACCGCCAUGGACAGUAUGGUCCCCAUCCUGCGCCACUUCUUCACCGUCAGGAACCUGGUGUUGGCAGCCUCUGGCGGGGCCUUCCUCCUCAUCGUGUGCCUCCUCGCCCGGGCCAUCAGGUCUGGAAGAAAAAUCAAAAAGACAAGAAAAUAUGAUAUCAUUACAACUCCAGCAGAAAAGGUGGAAAUGACACCACUCAAUGAAGAUGAUGACGACGAUGAAGAUGCAACAGUGUUUGAUGUAAAAUACAGCAGGUGAAGAUUUGUAUGAAGAGACUAUUACGUGGAUAGCCAAUCACACUGUAUCAAACACCAGCCACAACAACUUUCUGGAUGAAAACGGAGUUUGAUUUAUCAUCUGCAUAUCAGCUUUUCAUUCAGCUUCUUGCAUUAUCAAGGAAAGCAAUGUUUGGCAAUAUUUAAAUGAUUUCCAUCCAAUUUAUUGUCAGAGCAAUAUUCCUGUCUGUUUCCUGUAGACUUUUUAAAAAAACAUUUUUAAAAGCACUAUUUUAUGAUGUACUUGUCUUGAAAUGGAUCUUAUUUUGUUUUUAAGUAUGACAUUGAUUGCUUGUCCUUUGUCCAGAGUAGCUUAUUUGUACUACAAGAUUAUGGUGAAGUGGAAUGUAGUUUGUCACUUAAUUGGGUUUCCUGGCUGAAGUUUAGUGUUCAAUCUUUUGUUUUAAGUUAAUAUGCACGCUGGUUGAUUUCUAAAAUGUCUGAUUUCUUAGCGAUCUCUAAUUUAGCAUAAUCUUAAGCGUGAUCAAGUAUGCGAGCUCAAAUUGAGCCUUUUGUAUAUUGAACUGUGAGCAUUCCUAGCGAUAUUUGAAACCCAAGUUUAGUUAUUCUUGUGUGGUGGAGCAGUUAUAUCAAUUAGUUGAUCAUUGGUACAUGUUUGUAGGAAAAUUAGCUCUCCAUUGUUGUAGUAUAAUCAUAAUGAUCAGUGUUUACAUAGGGCAGGACUAAUCCUGUAGGUUAACUGAGGAAUUUGUAGUAUGGCACAUGUAACUUUUUGGACAAAUACAUUAACUUGGUGGUACAGUACUCUUGCACAUGAAAAAUUUAAGUAUGAAGCAACUUAACUGGCUGAACUAAAGACAUUAAAAUAUCGAUGAAACAGUACAGUGCACUGAAGUAGAAUUGUUGUUUUGUUGGCCGUAACAUGCCUGUUCAAGUUUCCACUCCCAAGAUUACAUCCUAACUGCUGUUCAAACUUUAACCAGGUUGAGCUCUAUAUAAAGAAUAUAUAUAAUUACUGCUUACACUGUAAGCAAUCCUCCACAAAUCUUUCCGUUUUCUUAAAUUGGGCAGAUGUCUGCGAAUCUUAACACUUUAAUUUCAGAGACUAGAGUCUAUAGAUGUGAGGCUGGAAAAGCACAGCAGGUCAGUCAGCAUCCCAGAAGCAGGAAAGUAAACAUUUUGGGCUGA